GCAGGGCCGGCUGGCGGGCGCCAUGGAGCUGCGGGCCGGAGUCUUGCUCUGGAAACUUCUGCUACUGCAGAGCUCUGCUGUCCUGUCCUCAGGGCCGUCGGGGUCGGGGUCGGCAGGCAGCUCCGUGGUGUCGGAGUCCGCCGUGAGCUGGGCGGCCGGCGCCCAGGCCGUGCUGCGCUGCCAGAGCCCGCGCAUGGUGUGGACCCAGGACCGGCUGCACGACCGCCAGCGCGUGGUCCACUGGGACGUCAGCGGCGGCCCGGCCGGCGGCUCCCCGCGCCGGCUGGUGGACAUGUACUCCGCGGGCGAGCAGCGCGUGUACGAGCCGCGGGACCGCGGCCGCCUGCUGCUGUCGCCCUCCGCCUUCCGCGACGGGAACUUCUCGCUGCUCAUCCGCGCGGUGGAAGAGACGGACGAGGGGCUGUACACCUGCAACCUGCACCACCAUUACUGCCACCUCUAUGAGAACCUGGCCAUCCGCCUCGAGGUCACCGACAACCCCGAGGCCGCCAGCGCCUACUGGGACGGCGAGAAGGAGGUGCUGGUGGCGGAGCGCGGUGCGCCCGCGCUCCUGACGUGUGUGAAUCGCGCGCACGUGUGGACCGACCGGCACCUGGAGGAGGCGCAGCAGGUGGUGCACUGGGACCGGCAGCCGCCCGGGGUCCCACACGACCGCGCCGACCGCCUGAUCGACCUGUACGCGUCGGGCGAGCGCCGCGCCUACGGGCCGCCAGUCCUGCGCGACCGCGUGGCGGUGGAGGCGGACGCCUUUGCGCGCGGCGACUUCUCGCUGCGCAUCGACCCGCUGGAGCCGGCGGACGAGGGCACCUACUCCUGUCACCUGCACCACCACUACUGCGGCCUGCAUGAGCGCCGCGUCUUCCACCUGGAGGUCACCGAGCCCGCCGUCGCUGCAGAGCCGCCCCCGCGGGACUCGCCCGGCAACGACUCCAGCCACAGCAGCGCCCCCGCGCCAGACCCCACGCUGACGCGCGGCCGCAGCGUCAUUAACGUCAUCGUCCCGGAGGGCCGAGCCCACUUCUUCCAGCAGCUGGGCUACGUGCUGGCCACCCUGCUGUUGUUUAUCCUGCUGCUCAUCACGGUCAUCCUGGCCACCCGCCAGCGCCGCCGCGGAGGUUACGAAUACUCCGACAAGAAGUCUUGGAAAUCAAAGGGAAAGGACCUGAACAUGGCAGAAUUUCCUGUGGCCACAGGAGACCAGGCUUUUUACAGGAGUGAGGACAUCCAACUAGAUUACAAAAACAACAUCCUGAAGGAGAGGGCUGAGCUGGCUCACUGCUCUCUGCCCGCAAAGCACAUUGACUUGGACAAAGAGUUCAGGAAGGAAUACUGCAAAUAAGGUGAUGGGGCUCCUGGCUGGCCAGCAGCUCUGCCAACUCCUGUCUGUCGGUCUCGGAGCAUGUCCUCCUGACGGACCCUCAUGCAGUGCACCUGGCUCCCCUUCCAGCGGCUGGUUCCGCUGUCCUGGAACUUGGCCUGGACUGGCGCAGAGCUGGGCUGCUUCUGGAGCCUUCUCCUGGGAGCGGCCCUCAUCCUCACAAGCAACAGUGGGCUCCUUGGGACCCUGUCUGCACUGCGGCUGCACCCACCCCCUCAGCAGCCCUCUGCAGGCCCUGCCCGCUCUGGCACAGCCCUCACUGACAGGCACCAAGCCCUCAGGCCCUCCAGGCCUCUGCCCUCUGGGGGAGCUCGGCCUCUGCAGGGGUAGGACAGCAAGACACCCUUGCAGGGGGCUCAGCCCAGAGUCUUGGAGCUGGGGUCAGCUUUGGGCUGGCACGGCCCCGUCUUCAUGCCCUCCUGGCGGGAGCUGCCUCCUGGCUCCCAGACUGCACUGUGCAUCACCCAGCCAGCUGCCAUCUGCUGCACAUGGGGACCUGAGGGCGACACACCCCUGUGCUAAUGCCCCUCGGUGCUGCCUUUGGCCACCUGGGGCUGCCCUGGGCCCCUUCUCUGCUUUCCACCCUGCUCCAGCCUCCUUUGCAAUAAGCUGCCUUGACAGUCACUGGGCUCCUCCCAGUGACUUUUGGCCCCUCCCUGAGCUGGAGUCUGGGGCUGGGAUGUCGUAUGGCUUCUGUUUUGUCUGAGGACAGAGGAGGGGUGAAGAUGGUUCUGGAAUGGUCUGUGCGGCCACUCCUGACUUCCAAAUUUGCUCCUCCCGGGAAAUUGUCACCAUCAUAAUAAAGACCCUGAUUUAUAGCCUUGGCCCCUGGU